CGCAGCAUCAUCGCGAUGAUCCCGUCGCUUCUUCUCUGCACAAGACAAGCAGCUAUCGCGGUGGCUGACCAUCCUCCUCUGUGACCAUUGUGUGACCCCUCUUUCAUCAUCUGCUGUCCACCAUGGAGAACCAAGCUCAAGGCCCCACACAGCAGGGCGAGCUGAACUGGCGUCUCAGCGCCCAUCCGAUCACCCUACUAUGUUUCCUAGGCUUCCGCAUCAGCGCUCUGCUGAUGUACCUAUUCGGAGUGCUCUUCAUUAGAAACUUCAUCCUCGUCUUCAUCAUCACUCUCCUCCUCCUCGCCGCCGACUUCUACUACCUCAAAAAUAUCGCCGGCCGGCGCCUCGUCGGCCUCCGCUGGUGGAACGAAGUCAACACCACCUCCGGCGACUCGCACUGGGUCUUCGAAUCCUCCGACCCCAACGCCCGCUCCAUCACCGCCACCGAUAAGCGUUUCUUCUGGCUCAGUCUCUACGUCACCCCGGCGCUGUGGAUCGGUCUGGCUAUUCUGGCUAUUAUCCGCCUCAGCAGUGUGAUCUGGUUGAGUUUGGUUGCCAUCGCACUCGUCCUGACCAUCACCAAUACCGUCGCUUUCUCGCGCUGCGAUCGCUUCAGCCAGGCGUCGACGUUCGCCAACCGUGCCUUGUCCGGUGGAAUCGUGAAUAACAUUGCCGGUGGUCUGCUGGGCAGACUGUUCAAGUAAGCUGGGUUGCUGGCUGCUGGCCGGCUAGCUAGGCUGGAGAUAGUCCUUUCUGCCGUUGGUUGCAUGUUUUCCUGCUGUGGUCUUUAUACAUGGGGAGGUUCUCGCUUUGUUCGAUGAGUCACGUGCCCCGCUGAGAGCGUAAGGAAGACAUCCUAUGGUGGAUGAAUGUAGGGCUUCUGCUUUCUUUUUCUUUUUCUUUUCUCCUAGACUUCUGGUUCGUUGAUAGCUCGCAUGAUGAAUCUGAUCAACAUGAAUUGCA